GGCGCACGCGAUCCCGGGCCUUCCCCAGCUCGGCUGGUCCUGAGGUCGCCCGCCGGGCCGCCAUGGCUGAGAAGGCCUUGGCGGGGGAGCCGAGUCCUGCCGGUGUGGUAGCCUCCAGAGCAGGACUUGAGGACCCGGCCUCGCCUGGGACCUCGGAGUCCAGGGACUACGACCGCGCCUGCGUGUUCUGCCGCGUGGCGGCGGCCCAGGAACCCGACACCCAACUCUUGCACUGCGAGAAUGAAGACCUAGUUUGCUUCGAAGAUAUCAAACCAGCGGCACUUCAUCAUUAUCUUGUGGUGCCAAAGAAGCAUAUUAGAAAUUGCAAGGAACUAAACCGAGAUCAAGUAGAAAUGGUUGAGAGCAUGGUAGCUGUUGGAAAAGCCAUUCUUGAGAGAAAUAAUUUCACCGACUUUACAGAUGUGAGAAUGGGUUUUCAUGUGCCGCCAUUCUGUUCCAUUUCUCAUCUGCACCUUCAUGUCAUAGCACCGGUGAAACAGUUUGGCUUCUUAUCAAAACUGAUUUACAAACCAAAUUCUUACUGGUUUGUCACAGUUGAUCAUUUGCUUGAAACACUAAGAAAGUAAAAAUGCGAACCAUGGACAAGUUCCUUAACCUGACUGAGGAUGAGCUACAGUUUUUCUCUCCUUGGAGUCUAACUGCAGUCUGAAGAUUUGCCGCUAUUCACAGCACUACAACUGAAAAGCCUUACCGUUUUCUUGAAUGUCUGUUUUUUCAGAUCUGUAAUACAGUUGAGUACUGAGUCACUCAUUUCUUUGUUUUGAAGCUUACCUAUGUAAGGUUUUACACUUGAGAUACUGUAACUAAACGUUUGUUUAGUACAAAUUCUGCUAAUCAAGAUGCAUCCUAUAUUUUUCAAAGUUUAGGUUUCAUUUAUUAGUAGUCUUAAUAAUAAUUUAUGAUGAGUAAAUUGGCAUAGAAAAUUGAAACCUUUUUACCGUGAAGGAGAAGAAAUUAGAAAUCUUAUGAUAGUUUUAUAGUCUUACACAUACAUUUUCAAAGUAAAGAAUACCAUGCUACCAAUAUUCUGAUUUGAUUAUAGAAACAUUUAUGUAUGUGUCACUUUUUACUGGUUUCAGACACACACACACACACACACACACACACACACACACACUCAUAUAAUACAUUAAUUUCCGUUAGCUAUAGGGAAGAUAUUCUCUGAGUCUCUCAGUGAGUACCUGAAACCCAGGAUAA